AUGCGUCUCACGACUCGUUUAUUGUCUUCAGUCAUUCAGAAAAGGCCAUUUUAUAUAACAACCCCAAUAUUUUAUGUUAAUGCUGCACCUCAUUUAGGACAUUUGUACACUGCAGUUGUGGCAGAUGCAAUACAACGGUUUGAAAAAUUAACAAAUCCUGAAACAAAUGUGAUCUUUAGUACUGGCACAGAUGAACAUGGUACUAAGAUCCAGCAGGCUGCUGCUAAAGUGAACCUCUCUCUACCAGACUACUGUACAGCUAUAUCACAGGAAUAUAGAGAUUUAUUUAAAGAUUUUCAUGUUGAGUUUACCGAUUUUGUACGAACUACAGAGGAGAGGCAUAAAAAAGCUGUCAGGCAUUUUUGGAGAAAUUUACUUAAAAAAGACUAUAUAUACAAAGCUAAGUAUUCAGGAUGGUAUAGUGUGAAUGAUGAGGCAUUUGUGCCUGAUGCUCAUAUUAGAGUUGAUGACAAACCUGAUGGCAAGGUGAGAGUGUCAGUAGAAUCAGGACACAAAUUAGAAUGGACAGAGGAGACAAACUAUAUGUUUAGAUUGAGCGCAUUCAAGCAGCAUCUCAGAGAAUGGCUUCAGACAGAUGGUGUAGUGAGACCUAGCAAAUUUCAAAAGCAGUUGCAAGAAAUGGUUGAAAACGAUGUAUACCUACCAGAUAUUUCCGUCAGUAGACCUGCAUCCAGGGUGCAUUGGGCUAUACCCGUGCCGGACGAUGAAGAGCAGAGUAUAUACGUGUGGCUGGACGCUCUAAUAAACUACCUUACUGUCUGCGGAUACCCCGAUGAUGACCAGAUGAAGGACAAGGGCAGACCUUGGCCUGCAGAUGUACAAGUUGUCGGAAAGGAUAUAUUGAAAUUUCACGGCAUCUACUGGCCAGCAUUCCUAAUGGCCGUCAAGUGGCAUCCACCGCGUCAGUUGCUCUGCCAUAGUCAUUGGACGGUCGAUGGCAGUAAGAUGUCAAAAAGUCUCCACAACGUGGUCGACCCGAGGCAUACGGUUGCGUCUCAUGCUCUUAGAUAUUUAAUGUUAAGAGAGGCAACAAUGGGGGAUGACGCUAAUUAUAGCGAAACAAAACUUAUCAAUAUAGCGAACUCCGAGCUAGCAGAUACUCUAGGCAAUUUAGUAAGUAGAAGCUGUGGACCUGCCCUGAAUCCAAGAUGUGAGUUCCCCGCCUUACAUCAGCAGGAAUUGGCCGAGUGUUGCCAGCUCCAAGUGACGUCACAGUUAUUAGAUACAGUGGAAAGGUUGCCAGACAUAUGUCGCUCGCACUAUUCAAACUACCAAUUCUAUAAAGCAGUGGAUGCGGUCAUACACGCCUUACAUUUAGCCAAUUUGUUCUUCGAAACUUUAAAACCCUGGGAGCUCAAGAAAAAACCGGAAAGCCAAAAAGAGUUAGAUGUUGUACUCCAUUUAACACUCGAAACUUUACGUAUUUGCUCAAUAAUUUUACAGCCAAUAAUACCAGAUAUAACAAAUAAGCUUUUAGAUAAAUUGCAAGUCGGGAAGAAUUUAAGGAGUUGGCAACACUGUGAGAAACCGUCUUGGCGGUUGAAGGGCGCCAUCUAUGAAACGAAGAAUAUACAAAGCGGAAAGUUUGUUUUGUUCCCGCGUAUUUACGUUGAUAAGAGUAAUGUGAAAAAGAAAAAGGCUAGUGCGUGA